CUCUGGUGGCCUUUGAGGAUAUAGCAAAGCUGUGAUUUGAGCAUCAAGGACAGAAGUGAAUAUUUCAAUAUAAAUUAUCCUACAACACAAGGAUAUAUCACAACUAUGUUAAAUCCUCUUUAGUUGUUUUAUGUGCUUUGUUGGAAUAUGGCAAUAAGAGGGACUACAGAGAUCCUUAAGAAAAGUUUUUAAGGAUAGCAAAAGAAGUAGGAAGAAUGGAAGCCUCAUUCGCUGCUAGCGCCGCCGUUGCUCCAACUCUGCCACCGAUCACCUCGUCUCCAGGUUACCUGCGCAGAAUGUUUCGGGAGUAUCAAAGCAACGCCGUCAUCAUGGCCCAUUACAACUUCACCGGAAAGCUGAACGAGAACAAAUACCGGGAUGGACUGAAACCCGAGGCCAUUGUGUUUCUUAUCAUUUGUCUUCUCAUUGUGGUGGAAAAUGCCAUUGUUUUGUUGGCAAUAUGGAAGAACAAAAAAUUCCACAUUCCCAUGUACUACUUGCUGGGCAACUUGACGCUCUCUGACUUGCUAGCAGGCUUCACCUACAUGGUGAACAUCGUGACUUCGGGCGCAAACACUCUCAAAAUGACUCCAGUGCUGUGGUUUCUUCGAGAAGGCGGCGUGUUUAUCACACUUUCGGCGUCUGUCAUCAGUCUCCUUGCUAUAGCUAUCGAGCGGCAUGUCACGAUGGUCCGGAUGAAGCCGUAUCAAGGGGCCAAGCGUGGCCGAAUGUUCAUUUUGAUUGGUGCAAGUUGGGUUCUUUCGGUGCUCCUCGGCAUUCUCCCAAUCAUGGGCUGGAAUUGCAUAGGAAAUCUGGACGAAUGCUCCACUGUCUUGCCUCUUUACUCCAAGAGCUUCAUCCUCUUCUGCAUUACCGUGUUCACCCUGGUUCUGAUGUCCAUCAUGGUGCUCUAUGUGCGCAUCUUCCGCAUAGUAAAGUCCAACACCCAUCGGUUAGGCUGCAGCCCUCAGCGCAAAGGUCUGGCCAGGAAGUCCCAGAAGUAUCUGGCUCUGCUGAAGACGGUCACCAUCGUUCUCGGGGUCUUCAUCGCCUGCUGGUUGCCUCUCUUUGUGCUCCUUCUGCUGGACUUCUGCUGCCCUACUCAAAGCUGCGAGGUGCUGUUCAAGGCGGACUACUUCCUGGGUAUCGCCAUGAUCAACUCGCUCCUAAACCCCAUUAUUUACACCCUAACUAGCAAAGACAUGCGGAGAGCCAUUCUGAGACUGGUCUGCAGCUACUGUCUGAUAUCAAAAGAUGGAGAGGUGAAGUUUGGCAUGUCUUUUCUGGACUGUAGCACCAGUAAAGUUGAGGUGCCAUCACACAGACUGGAGGGCCUGGAGACAAUGGUCUCCACUGGGAACUUCACACCAUCCACUAUUAAAGCUAUCUACCCGAUGAUAUUGAAGAGCUGAGGAAAAAAGAAUGCAUUAAGUUCAAACUGACAAUGCAAGUCUUAAUGGACAGUUCAACUUCUUCUGGUUCAGGUUGAAUAUUUAUAAAACUGCCAAAUAGACAAGUAUGAGGAGCGUCGAAAUGAAUUCAGGAGACGUUGGAUGAGAUGGAACUCAUACAUGUUUUUGACUUCAGAGUUGAAGACUUGGUUUCCUCCGCAUGCAUUGAAGCAAACCAGAGAACAUGGUAGACCAGACAAGAGGAUUGUGUUUUUUUUUUACUGAGAUAAAACCCAGUGUUUAAAAUGGAUUGUCUGAGGGUCAGUACAAGAGCUACGGCACUUUUUUAAAAAUGGGAUUUUAAACAU